GGAACUGAGGCGAUUUAAUAUCAAGUUGGAAGUUUUAUUCAGAUGAUAACAUACUAAACUUUGUCAAAACAUCACAAUGGCACGAGUAUAAAAUAAUCAGAAAUAAUGACAUUAUUACUGACAAGGGAAGUAACUUGGUUUUUGCGUGUAGAGCCUGGAGGUGCCGAUUUGGUGACGUUUGUUGAAUAAACAUGAAGCCGCUGUCGUUGAUUAAUUACCAUGCAAUUGGUUUUGACUUGGACCACACGCUGGCGAAGUACAGAGUGGUGAAUCAAAUUAAGUUAACUUACAACAGUCUUAUAGACUUUCUUGUCCAAGAAAAAGGAUAUGAUUCAGACAUUCGUACAGACAUAUCUUACGGCAAGGAUUUUAUAUGCAAAGGUCUUUUUGUAGACACCGCAAAAGGAAACGUUAUCAAAUUGUCACACUCUGGAAAAAUUCUUAGGGGAAGUCAUGGCACGAGGGCGCUGUCUCAAAGGGAACUUAUAUCGACAUAUGGGCCGACACUACUGUGGGAGCAUUACGAGCAUGCCAGAGAGGCUGUCAGGCCAAGCACUGGAAAUAAGACAUUUGCCUUUUGGGAGAACUACUUUGAUGUGCCAGCGCUGUAUGUUUGUGCUCAAGUGGUAGACUACUGGGAUAAAAAGAAUGGUGGACCGUUGCCUAGUUACAGAGACAUCCUGUUCAAGGACAUUCUUGCUGGAAUGGAAUGUAACUACAGGUUCCAGGCAUUCUCUGAAAACUCAGGAUAUUUCUUCCCAAAGCUAAAGCAGAACCCAGAGCAGUAUUACCAGGCAUGUAGCCUAGGAGUGAAGCAGUGGUUACGUGACUUGAAAAUGGCGGGAAAGUGCGUAUUUCUCACGACGUCAUCUCACAUCGACUUUGCCAGUCUGACAGCCUCCUCUGUGCUAGGCCCAGACUGGAAGUCCUAUUUCGACAUUAUCGUAACCAAUGCAAGGAAGCCUGGAUUCUUCAAGGACAACAAACCCUUCCUUAGUCUAGAUGGUAUCCUGGAAAAGGAGACCGUUACCUAUGAUAAGCUGGAAGAGCAUAGUGUCUACUCCAGUGGUAACCAUGGCGACCUUGAAAAGUUCAUCACCAAGGUGACUGGGGUAGAGAGGCCACAGGUUGUGUAUUUUGGGGACUCGCUGUGUUCGGAUGCAUUUCCUGUCAAGACUCUCACUGACUGGGAUCUUAUCCUAGUCCUGGAGGAGAUGGAGGCGGAGGGAUUCCAUCCCCAUGACAACACGCAUCACUACUGGCAACAGGAUGAGCGCGACAGAAAAAUAGUCCGCCCUGUGAACCUGGCAGUGGACGAGGAGGAGGAAGAGUAUUUGUUGUCACGGCAAUGGGGCUCAUUCUUCUACCACCCCGAGGACGACCCCCUACAAAACCGCCACAUGAACACUUUCUGGGGGGAGCUGGUCACCAAGUACUCGGACGUGGCCAUUCCUAGCAUCGAGUACAUCGCAGGCGUGUAUUUUGUGUCAGGUCUUCCACUGGACCAUGAGUUUACCCGCUUUGAUCACAGUGAAGAUGGAAGCACUGACGGCUUUUCUCCGGCCAAACCCAAACCGCUUCUACCCCUUGUGUUGCCUUAGGAGGGAAAUCAGUCUUUGUAAAGAUAUACGGUGAUUAAGAAGCAAUUAACUGACAGUUUUAUAGAAGAAGGAAUUUUUACAGAAGAUGACAAUAUUAUUGUUUGAAUUUGGUGCUAUCCAACAGACUUGCCUUAGAUCUACAAGGCAAUUCCAUUUUCCAUGCAAAGACUGUCAACAGAUCUCUAUUCUCCUAGAUUUUUAAACUAAAUACUUUAAAGUUUAAAAAACCUGAUUUCUGGUAUUUUUCUAUAUUUCAAAAUGUUGUGCUACCUAUGAAGGACAUAUGUGAAAUAUAUGUUUAUGUUGUUCAAAGAUUUAAUAGGAAACUUGGUUCGCUUUUACCAAGGGAUCUAGCUCGGUGAUUUCCAAUUACCACAUUUGAUGAUGUUUCACCAUUCUGACAUUCUUUGUUCCAGAUUUACAUUUUUAUUUGUCUUUUAAAUGUUGUUUCUUCUUAUUACUGACUGUUAUAAGAUGCAUUUUACCAUACAAUGUGAUUUAUUUGAUUUUUGAUCAUUUUUAGAUAAUGACAUGCAUGAUGUGUACGAUUGCAUUUCAGCGAUACAAACUUGUUAUUCAAUAAUUGCUGCUGGUCUCUUAAAGUUUCAUUGUUUGAUUAGCAUAGAUGAUUAUAAACAGAAGUUUGCAUUUAUCUUAUGAUCAGAUAUAAUUAUAUAAUUAUAACUUAUAAUUAUAUAAUUAUAUCUGAUCACAACAUGUUGGUGGUGAGCUUUUGUGCUUGCAUUUUGUAGGUUGUUAAUUAUCAAUAUUUGUCUUGUGAUCAUUUUAAAGGUCAAAACAUUAGUCCUCGUUACAUUUAUAUUUAAGAAAGCUUGUGAACACCCUAGAUACCAAAUAAAUUGCCAAAGAAACUGUGUCAGAACAUUUUGAGUUUGAACCCUAGUACUAAUGUGGUCAAAAGCUAGGUCAUAUUUGUGAAUGCUUCAGAGGCCCCAUUUAUUGCCCAAUGGUCAUGAAUCUUGGUAAGGAAAUUUGUCAAAAUAACACUUUGGUCAAAAUAGAACGAAAAGCUUGUUAACACUAUAAAAGUGAUAGUUUGGCUUGGUAUCCCAGAAACUUGUCAGAGCAUUUGUCUGAGCACUAUUUAGGUGGAGUCAAAAACUAAGUUAUGUUGUGUCACAAACUAGGUCACUAGGUCAGAUAGCAAAAACCCUUUUUUACACUCUAGAUAUCAGAUUUUUAGCCUAAUCUUAGUUAGUUAAUCUUAGCCUAAGUUAGGUCUAAAACUUUGUUAACCGAUCAAAUAGAAGAAUAAGUUGGAAACACUAGAAGAACAUUUUUUUAAAGAUGCCCAUAAAAAUUAAUGAGAACAUUUUUCUAAAUAAUAUGUUUAAAACAUCCCAAACCGGGUCAUGUUUGGUGAAAAACUAGGUCAAGUAAGACAAAAAGCUUGUGAACUGUUUAGAAGUGGCAUAUUUUUCCAAAUGUCCACGAAACUUGUUCAGAACAUUUGUAGGAAUUUUAUUUAGGGUGAUGUCAGGUCAAAUAUACGAAAAAGCUGGUGAACACUCUAGAAGUAACAUUUUUGGUCUAAUUUCCUUGAAACAUAAUCAAAACAUUUGUCUGAAUGAUAUUUAAGAUAAGUUUCCUUUUUGUCUAUGAUAGUGAAGCCUUGUCAAAAAUACCUACUCACAAGAGUUUUGUCCUAGGGUCUUAAGUGAACGCAUUUGGGCCUUAGGCCCUUUUUUGAAUUUUUAGCUCUACUGGCUGAAGGCCUGAAGAGCUUAUGUCAUGGCGUGGUUUCCGUCGUCUGUCCGUACGCGCAUGCGUGCGUUAGACUUUUUCUUGUUUACGCGAUAAAGUCCACAGUUUUCAUCCGAUUCUUUUCAAACUUGUUCAGUGUCUUUAUAUUAAUGAGGACUCAAACCCUAUUGAAAAUGGGUUACAUCAGAGUAAAAAGUCCAGAAUGAUCUCCCCUUGAAUUUGAGAAAAUCGUGAAAUAAGGCUUGUUUAUGCAAUAAAGUCCACAGUUUUCAUCCAAUUAUUUCCCAACUUGCACAGUGUCUAUCUGAAUGAUGAGUCAAACCCUAUCGAAAAUGAGCAAUAUCGGAGUUAUAAUUCCAGAAUUAUCUCCCCUUGAAUUUGAGAAAAAAAUGAAAAUUCAGUUUUUUUUAUGUGAUAAAGUCCAUAAUUUUCAUCCAGUUCUUGGCAAACUUGCACAGUGUCUUUGUAUCAAUGAGGACUCAAACCCUUUGGUAAAAAGAGCAAUAUCGAAGCAAUAAGUCCAGAAUUACUUCCCUUUGAAUAUGAGAAAAUUUUGAAAUCCUGCUUGUUUACGCAAUUAAUUCCACAGUUUUCAUCCAAUUAUUUCCAAAUUUGCACAGUAUCUUUAUAUCAAUGAGGACUUGAACCCUAUUGAAUAUGAGCAGUAUCGGAGAAAUAAGUACACAAUAAUCUCCCCUUGAAUUUAAGAAAAUUCUCCUUGUUUGCGCGAUUAAGUACACAGUUUCCAUCUUAUUCUUUCCAAACUUGCACAGUGUUUAUAGCAGUAGAGCGAUUCAGGCCCUCAUGGGCCUCUUGUUUAAAUUGUUAUGAUUACAGUAUUCACUUUUGAUAUGUUGUGGUCAAUUUUAUCAAGGCACAUUUCAAAGAAUAAUAUUUAUUCUACAUUUACAUGUUAUUUUAGUUUCUCUGUUCAAGCACAAAAAUAACUUGCAAGUUUAUUAAAUAUUUAUAUACACA